AUGGAAAAAUGUAAUAAGCGAAAAUUGAAGGAGGGUGUAUCAAACAAAAAUGGAAAUGAACAUGCUGGAGAGAAAAAACAAAAAACUAAAAUAGAAAAUAAAGCAAUAAAUGAAAAAAAGUUGUAUAACAAUUUGCAAUUGCAUAAUAAUAUUCUUAUAAAAUUUAUUAAAGAAAAUGAAGAAAAAUAUGGAAAAUUGGAAAAGGAUGAAAAUAUGUAUAGAAAAUUAAAAGCUAAAUUUCUUUCGUUAAAUAUAUCAAGUGUAUCAAUAGAGCAUUAUGAUUCUUUUGAUUAUUUUGAAAAAAACAAAAUUGAUUUUCUCCUUCCGGAAUUAGACAACAUCGUUAAUUCGUCAAAUAUCGAUGUUUUGAAGGGGCUCAGUGACGUGUCCUUUUAUCCGAAUUACAACGAAACAAUACGAAAAAGGAUUGUGGAGUGGUUAGUUAAGGAAAGAAACAAAGAUGAAAACACAAAAGAUGAUGCUGAACAUACAAGCAUAUCAUAUUUGUCUAGCAUGAACAUUCUUCUAACUUAUUUAAUAUAUAAAAAUGAUAAUUAUUCUAAUUAUGCUUGUUUGAUUUGUUUAAAUAUGCUAAAAUGGAUGCACAUUGAAAGAAAAAAACAAAUGUUUCGACUUUUCACGCUAAAAGGAAUAUUAAAAAGGUUUUUAUUAUGUGCUCACUAUUUGAACGAUAAAGAAAUAAUGAAAAUAAAAAAAAUGGAAAACGAUCAAUCCAUAAGCGAAGAGGAUAUAGGCGUUUUAAAAAACAUAUUUAUGCUGUUGUAUGAAAGCAUAGAUUAUCUCGACAUAAGUAACUUGGUUAAUAUAAAUAGUAAAAAUUGCAUAUUUGAGCUCAUAAAAUUUUAUAUAGAAUUAUUGAAAUAUCCAUUAAUUCAUUCAGUUCAUAUACUAUGUAUAAAUUACCUAAUAAAAAUAGUGAUAAAAUGCUAUGAUAUUAGAUUUGAAUAUAAUAUAAAUGUGGAAUUAUAUGAUAUCGGGCCUCAUGUAAAUAUAUUUGUAAAAAUUGUAAAUUUAAUAUUUGCAAAAAUCUUAUCUAUUUUAAAAGAUAUAAAAAAUUCUGAAAAUGUAUAUUAUAUUGAAGAAAUAAACAAUAUUAAUAAUUUAAUAGCUUUGUUAUUUACAAAUAUAUUGAAUAGUUGCAUAAGGAUAAUUAUACCGCAAGUAUUAUAUAAUGAUAAACAAAAACAAAAAUAUUUAUUAAAUAACGAAAUGACAAGAACCACAAAAAUAAACAAAAUUAAAGAUGACGAAUUGGAUGCUGAAGACAAGAUAGUUCUUAACGCAUGUAAUCCCGUUUUUUCGUUUAUCGAAAUAUUUAUCAUUAAUAAUAGUGAUAAGUAUGAAAAGACUGUAUUUACAGAUCUGAUAAAAAUAAUAAUUAAUAACUGUAGAAAAAUUGAAAAAAAAUAUAACGUUAUGAAAAUAAUACACGAUGAGUUUAUGUUGCAUAUUAAAGGGGAAGAUAAUAAAAAAAAUGGAGAUAAAUAUUUAGAUAAAAAUUAUUUAAAAACGAAAAAAAUCAGUAAAAAACGAUUAGAAUCAACGGCAUCUUUUAAAAUAUCCGACGAGUGUAAUUCUUCUGUUUAUUCAGAGACAGAAGGGGAAGACGAAGAAGAGGAGGAAGAUGAAGAAAAAGGAAGAGAAGAUGGAAAAUCAGAAAUGGGUGAUAACCAAACAAACGGUUAUGAAAGCGAGAAAGAGACAAAUAAAUAUUGCCCUGUGAGUAAAAUAAAGAACAAAACAAAAAGUACUUUAGAGAUUGAUAAUAAGAAAUAUUGUAUUGUCUAUGAAUCAGUGAUGAUUAGAUAUUUAAAUUUACUUUUGAAAUAUAUGAACUGUGAAAAACAUCAAAUUAGGAAUAUGAUAUUAGACCUAUUUUUAAUAUUAUUAAAAAAAAAAAAAACGAAUAAAAAUGAAAAUAUUUAUGAGAAAUUAUUUCGAUUAUUUUUAGAAAGAUUAGAAGACCCAAACAUUGUAGUAAAAUCAAAAGCAUUGUCUAUAUUAGUAACAUUAACAAAUAAAAAACAUCAUAAUAAUAAUCUCGUUCGUAACUUUAUAUAUAAUAAAAGAAAAGAAAAAAUAAAUAUGUAUAAAAUAAUAUCUUCUAAUAUAUUUAGUCAUAGAAGUAAUAUAAGAAAAUUAACAAUACAAUAUAUAGAAGUUAUAUUUGAAACACUAAUAAGUCAAAAAUUAAAUUAUAAAAUAUUUCUAAUAUUUAUUUCUAAUUAUUUAUAUUCUUUAUCAUUUGAUUCGAUUUUAUCUGUAAGGAGACAAGUUUUAUUAACAGUUAAUAUCUUGUUCUUAAUGGCUAGCAAUGAUGAAUAUAUAGGGAAAUUAUGGAUAACUAUUAUUUUAUCAGCUAUAACCGAUACAGAAGAAACAAUAAAAGACGAAGCUAUCUCAAUAUUUAUAAAUACAUUUAUGAAGGCAUCUAUUAAUUGUUCUAUGUUUAAUACUAAUGAAAAAAAAAUCAACCAAGUUUUGGAAGAAAAUGGAAUGACCUAUUUUAAGGCAUUAACAACGUUUUCCCAUGAGUUGAAAACAAAAAAAGAUGAUUAUAAAAACACAAAAAGUGAUGUAGAAGUAAAUCCGAUUGUCAAAAAUGGAAGUAUAACCGAUUCGGUCACAUCUGAUACAAAUCAAAGAAAAUAUUCGAACAAUAUUAUUAAAAAUAAAGAAGGAUUGGAAAAAGAAAGAGAAGAGUGUGACAAAAACAAUGAUGGAGUUAUAUUACUUAUAGAAAUAUGGGAAAAAUAUUUUGAAAGUAAUAUGGAUAAUUAUUUUUUAACACUUUUAAAAAUGAUGACAAAAUAUGAUUUACUAAAUUUCAACCUUAUAUUACUUUGCCUAACACAAAAGAAAAAUAAUGUCUUAGAAGAAUUUAUAAAAGGAAUAAACAUUUUUAUAUAUAAUUUAAGAUAUUUUUCAAUACGAACCUGGAACACUUUUAUAUUUGAUUUUAUAAUAGAGUUGUCAAAAGAAUACCAAAAUAGUAUUAAUUUUGAAAGUAUAUUAUUUUUGUUGAGUAGAUGCUAUAAAAUAUAUUUGAUGAAUGAAAACAAAAAUAUUAAUAAGAGUAAUAUAAUUGAUAAAAAUAUCAUGGCUGAAAAAAAAAUCGAAAAUAUAAAAGAGAAUCCCGAAAUAAAUAACACAAUUAAAACUGAAUUUCUAUUUGAUUCUAUAUUAACAGAUCAAGAGUUAGCGAAUGAAAAGAAAUCUUGUCCUAAUGGUAUACUAAAAAAUAUCAUGCUAAAAUUAUUCACAAUAAUUUCUAAUCUUCUAAAUAAUGAGAAUAAUGAAGUUAAUGAAAACUUUUUAGAAAUUAUAGAAAAUACAAUUUUUAAUUUUAAUUGUCCAAUGUGUUUUAUAUAUAUAAUAUUAAAUAUAUUGAUAAAGAAAAAAAAAAAUGUAAAUCAAUUUAUAGAUAAGCUAAAAAAUAAAAUUCACUUUUUUUUCGAAAAAAUCGAAAUAAUCCCAUAUAAUAACGUUUUUUGUAAUAUCUUAGUUACUUUUAUAUUUUUAAUAAAUCAUUAUAAAAAGCAAGACACCGAAUUUUUAACUAUGGCAUCUGAAAAAUUGAAAAUAGUUUAUGAAAACGUAUGUAAGGAUAAAUCAGCAGGCAGUAAUGAAACAGCUAUAGGGGGUGAAGAUUCUGACAAUUUAAAUCAUCUCGGUGAAAAUAUUAUAAUGGUAAAGAAUUGCAUAUACAUGGCUCAAUGUGUGUUGAUAAUAGAUAAAGACAUGAUGAAUAAAAGUGAUUUUUUCUUAACAUUAGAAAAAGAUUUAAAAAAUUCGAAUACUUGCAUGAAUAUACUGAAUAAUUUGAUUAUCCUGACUUAUUAUAUGAUAAAAAAUUUUGGAAGUUCGUGCAACAAAUUUGUAUUCAAUCUUUUACGUUUUUUUAAACACGAAAAUUCUUUUAUUCGGUAUUUGUCUUUUUAUAUGUUAUCUAAAUUAAUUUCAGAAGAUUAUGUAAAAUUUAAUAAUCAAUUUUUUUUUGGCUUUUUAUAUUUAUUGGCUGAUAAAAAUGAGAUAAUAAGAAAACAGUCGUUAUCUGUUUUUAAACAUAUAGUAUUAAUAUAUAAUAAAAGUAAUUUAAUAAAUUAUAUGAUUGAUUUUAUAUUUGUAUUAAAUAAUUUUUAUUCUAUUAAACUAAGCAAGCAUUUAAUACAUAUUGGAAAUCAUUUUGAAAUAAAAAAUCCUGAAGAUAGAUAUAAAAUAUAUUGUUUAUUAAUAGAAAAUUUAACCAAUAGUGAAAAAUUUUCCUUUCAACAAAAGUUGAUAAAUGAAUAUCUAAUUCAAUAUGUUUAUGAUUAUGAUAAUUAUUAUUUUUCUGAUGAACAUGCAAAAGAAAAGAAAGGAGAUGAUGGAAUUAACACACGAGCUAAGCAUAAUAAUAUUAUCCCAAUAAAUGACGAAGGAAAUGAAGGAUCCGUACUCAAAGAUGUUUUACUCAUAUUAAGUUCCCGAUUAAUGAAAAUAAAAAUUAAAAAAGAUUUUGCAAAAUUAGAAGAAAAAAAUAAAAAUAUAAAAAUAAAAAAUGUAGAAAGUAGUGUUAAAGUAUUAAAUGAUCUUAUGAAAAAUAUAUUAAAAAAAAAUACACUUCCUAUAUUAUUGUCUUUACGUGCAAUUAUGCUUAAAACUAAAUCAUUUUUUUUUAAAUAUAUAAAUAAUUUAAUAAUUUAUUUAUGUAUUGAUUAUAAAGAUUCAUUGGAGGAAUUGAUACUCGAGGCUCAUACCCGAAAUGAAAUAUUUAGUGAUAUACAACAUUUUGUCUAUACUGAUGUUAUACAUUCUGUUCAUAAUAAUAAUGAUAUCUUUAAUAAAAAUAGUAACAUUAAUAUUGACAUAAACUUUUUAGAGUUGUCCCAAAAUCAAAUGAUCGAACACAAUUUGGAAAAAAAUAUGCAUAACAAAAACAUCAGGAAAAAAGGGAAUAUUCAUAAGAAAAAAAAUGAUGACAAUAGUGAUGAUACCAGUGACAAUAGUGACCGGUCUAGUGAUUACGAGGAAGUUUCAAAUGUUUUGCAUAGUAUCCACAAUAGACACCAAUUAUCAAAUAAUAUAAAAAUAAAUAAAAAAACAAAAAAAAAUAAUAAAAAAUAA